AUGUCUAUUUGUGAAUAGUGUAUAUAUUAAGAAAAUCGUUGCAUAGAUAUUUAAAUAUAAUAAGUAGCAUAUAUGAGUUAAUAAAAGAAGUUUAUAAUUUUGACUAAGAAAAGUGACGUAUAUUUUUUGCUUGAGGAUUCUAAAUAGAUAAUAUAAGCAACGUGUUCUUCAAAAAACAAUUAAAAACCAUUUAAAUUUCAUUAUAAUGUAAAUCAAGAUUAAAUUUAAUAACUUUUAUCUUGCCCUAGUGGUAAGUAUUUUUAUUUAGCUUAGGGAGAAUAAUGUUUUAUGUAUGAUAUGAAUUGUUAAUAAAUUAGAACUAUUAACGUUAAAGGAAAAAUUAAAAUUUUUUCAGAUUAAAGUGAUUUAAUAAUCUUAGAUGAAAUCGAUUAAAUAACAUAAAAAAAAGAUUUAACUGUGUUAACAAAUGUGAUAUCAUAAAAAACCAUUAAUAAAUUGGGAGAGGAAGAAAAAUAAAUAAUAGGAAACCCUUCAUUUGAUAUUCUUAAAGGAUCAUUUAUCAAAUUUGGCCCUAAUUCAUUAUUUUUAUCAGAAUCAAAAAAGAAAUAAAUUUCUUUUAUAAUUGAUUCGAGUAAAAAGAGUUUGAUUGAAACAUAUUUUAAUAGGAUGAAUUUAAAUAAUGUAAAUUUAGUAGAUACAGAUAAUUUGCAUUAUUCUGAAAUUAGUUUGAAAGAUCUUUAAAAUAUAAUGUUUUCAAGAGUACCUUUAUAAUUAUGUACAACUGAAAAUGGAACUUUAAUUCCAUUAGUAGAUGGAUUUAGAUAAGAAGCUUCCAUAUAAUAGAAAGUAUCUGUUUAUGAGAAGGCAAAACAGUUAAAGCUAGGAUUUAUUGAAGAAUAUUUAAAAAAUGAUAUAUCUAAGAUUUUUGUAAUAGGAAUUAUAGGAAAACAAUCUUCAGGGAAAAGUUAUUUAUUAAAUAGAGUUUUUGGUACUAGAUUUUCUGUUUCAUCUGCAAGAUGCACUGAUGGUAUUUGGGCAAGUAUAGGCUGGAUUGAAGGAUAAAAAUUUUUGAUUUUAGAUUGUGAAGGAUUAUUUAAUUCAGCAAGAACAAAUUAAGAAGAAGUUUAAAUGCUAGCAUUUUUGACAGCCAUUUGUGAUAUAUCUAUUUUGAAUUCUGAUAUCACUUUCAAUCGUUAUAUGAAUGAAUUAUUUAAUAAUUUAACUAAUGCUUCAUCUUAUUUAAAAGGGGAAACUUUAUUUAAAGGAAAUUUACAUAUAGUUUUAAGAGAUGUUAGCUCUAAUGAUAACUCUGGAAUAGAUAAUGAAUUAUUAAGCAAUCUUUAUAGAUUGAAAUCCUCAGAGUCAUAAGAUAUUGUUUUCUUAAAGAAAUUAUUUAAUAAUAACUUUACGGUUGAGAAAUUAUUUAAUUUCGAACACUCAAAGUUUGAUGAAUAAAUAAUAAAUCUUCGUCAAUAUUUUUCUAAGGUUGCUUAGGCAUCUAAACGAUGGGAAGAUGGAAAUAAAUUAUUAUAAAUGAUGAAGAUAUUGCUUUGCCAAUUAGAAUUAUCAGAUCAUGGAAAUGCAUAUUUGAUUGAUUUGAAACUAUAAAUUGAAAAAAUUAUUGAAAAUCAAAAAAAUUUAUGGGACAAAUUUUCAACAAAUCAUCAAUAAAUGAUAAGAUUAGAUUAAUAAAAAUAUUAAUUUCCUCAGGGUGAAAUUAUUUUUUUCAACAUUUCUUUAUUGAAAUAACUAUAAGAGGAUCUUUAACUUAAUGAUACGAUUAUGAAUCACAAUUAAAAUUUAAAUAUUAUGGAAACUGAAUUUAAUAAUUUAAUGACAUCUAGAAAAGAACAAAUUUUAUAAUAGACUAAAGAGUAAUUAUACAGAUUUUAGUAACCAGAAAUGAUUGAAAUUAUAAGUAAAGAAGAAGGAUUGUUAGCUAAUUAUAUUAAUAAUUAAAUUUAAUAAUAUUAGUUUUGUAAAGAAAAAUGUUCUGAAUGCUAUUUAAAUUGCAAUUAAUUUAAGAAUCAUAUCAAAGAAUAUGAUAAAUUAAUGAACAAGUUAUAAACUACAAAAGUAGCAUUAGAAAAAGAAAUUGCUGAAUCAAGCAUUUAAAAUGAGGAUUAAGAACAAUAAAUUAACAAAAGGUUGUCAGAAAUUAUUGAAUAACUUUAAAAAUAAGAUUUUUAAAUUUCUAAAUUUGAAAAAAUAAUAAAGAAAGAUGAAGAGGAAAAACAACUAUUAAAAUGUAUUUAGAAUUUAUCUUAAUUUGAAUUUUGUGACACAGAAAAUAAUUAGUUAAAAUUAGAAGCUUUUUAAUAAAGUUUAGGCAAAGAUGAAACUUAAUAAUAGAAUUUAAAGUUAGAGUUGACUGUUGAGAAUCUUGAUUAAUUAUUCUGUUUGAUUGGUGCCAACUCCAAGUAAAAAUAACAAUAAUCCAGUAAAAAUGCAGAAGUUCUCAGAGAGAACAAAAAUAAUUAAAAAUAGUUAUAAAAUAUAUUAGAGGAUGUUUAAAAUAAAAUAAUAAAAAAUGACUUAAAUCAAAAACAAUUAUUAGACUAAUAAGAUCAACUUUACCAAAAAGCAAAAGAAUUUUAGAAAUAUAUAAAAGAAAUUGAUUAAGAAUAAUAAAUAUUAUAAAAUAAUCUUUCACAAGUAAUAAAUCUUAGAAUUGAUAAUAAUAAUUUAAUUAAAUAGUUAGAAGAAAUAUCAUCAUAACUGCAAAAUGAAGAAAAAAACCUGGAAUUCAUAUAAGAAUAAAUUAAAAUAUAAGAACAAAAAAAAUAGUAGCCUUGUUUAGAUAAAUUCUGUUUUUAUAAUGAGAGUGAUUUAUUUGAGGAAUUUUAAGAAAUUAGAAAAGAAAAAGAAAUGAUUCUUUAGGAAAUUGAUAAGCUGUAAAAAUAAAAAGAGAAACUUCAUAAAUUGGAGUCUAUGAAGCAAGAAUAAGCCAAUAUGUCUGUCAAAAAAUAAAAGGAAAAAGAAAAAUAUGAGAAUGAUCUUAAAAUUUCAAUUCAAAGUGAUCUUACUAAAAAAAAGAAUGAAAUUGAAUUAAAUUUACAACUUUAUUAAUAGUAAUUAAAUAAGUAAAAGUUUGAAGAUCUAGAAAUUUUUGAAGAAAUAAUAAAUAAAGAAAGUUAAAAUAUUUCAAGUGAUUCAUUGAAAAAAAAUACUUAUCACUAGUUUUUAAAUUUUAAAAAAGCUGAAGAAAAGGAUUCAGAAGAAGAGUUGUAAAAUUUGUAUAUAUAGUUUUAAAAGACUGAAUAAAAUAUUAAAAAUUUGGCAAAAGCAUAGGAAUAAAUAUUCAAAUAUUAGAAUAUUUAAAAUUGUAAGAUAGAAGCUGAGAAUUCUUUGAGUGAGAACUAAAAAGAAUUGGUUAAAAUAAAUGAAUAAAAUAGAUUCAUAGUAAUAGAAUAGGAAACUUUGAAAAGGAAUAUGUAAGAAGCAAAUAUAUAAAAUGACUUACUGAAUACUAACAACAACAAAUUGAUAAAUGAAAAUGAAUAAAUUGAAAAAGCUUUAUAGAAUAAUGAAUAAUGGAAAGAAUAAAUUUCAGAAUGUUUGAAAAUUCUAUAUAUUAUAGAUGAAUCUAAAUAAAUUGCGAUGCUUUAAGAAUUUGAAGAAUGCAAACAAUAUUAAUAACUUCAAAAUUCUGACUUAACCUACACGAAAUAAUGCUAAUUAUUGAAAGAUGAAAAAGAAACUUUGCUAAAGGAAAAAUAAGAGUUAGAUUAAAGAAUUCAAUUAUAUUUUUAAGUAGGAGAAGGGAAAUAAUAAUUAAAAGAAUUAUUAAACUAAAUUUAAAAAUUAGAAAAGUUAUAAGGUAAUGUUCAUUCAUGUCAAAGAUAAAGUCAUUUAUGUGAAGAAAAAUGUUAAGCAUGUCCAGAUAAAUCAUGCAAUCAUAAAGCCGGACAUGAUGAAAAGUAAGAGCAUCUUUGUUCAAAAUUAGAUCAUAUAUGUGAUAUGAACUGUAGUGUUUAGGAUUGUUAAAAUAAAUGCAAAAAUAUUAGAAAUCAUAGUGGUAAUCAUACUUGUAAUAAUAAACAUAUAUGUAAGAAGAUUUGUGACUAUUGUGAUAAAUAAUGUUAAUAUGAUAAAACUGAGAUUCAUCAGAGCCAUAUAUGUCUAGAUAAGAAUAAUGGAUGUAAUUAAGAAUGUGAAUUAUGUGAUAAAAAUUGUAAAGAAUAACAUCAACAUUCUAUAAAAAGUGGUACUUAUUGUGAGAAAAAGUGCUCAAAACAUCAUCAACAUUAAAGAUAACCAACUGGAACUCAUCUUUGCAAUGAUAUCCAUUAUUGCAAGGAAACAUGUACUAAAUAGGGAAUUUGUAAUGUAGAAUAUGAAUCAGUCUAGGCAACAUGGAAAAGUAAAAUCUCUGAAUUCUAAUAUACUAAAUAUAUUCCAAAGAAUGGUGGUAAAAAGAAAUGUAUGCAUCAGAUUCCAAAAGGGAAAUAUAAUCAUGAUUAAGAACAUGUUUGUAUGCGUGAUACUGAUUUUUAAUAUCAUUUUUGUGAUUAAAAAUGUCCUGAGUGUUAAUCAUUUUGUGAAUUAAAAUAUGAUCACAAAGGCUUACAUUAUUCAAGCAAGCAUAGAAAUAAAGAUGAUUAAAAAUUUACAUUAUAAAAAGGGAAAAAAAAUUAAAUUAAAGUAGUAAGUGAGGAUGGCAAAACGGUUAAAAAUUAUGUAGUUGGAGAUGUUUCUUCUCCUGAAACUUGUAGAGAGAGUUGCAAAAGAAGAGGAAGAGGUCAUUUUCAUUUAAUUGAAUGCAAAGGUGGAUAGUAAUGUCUAGAAAAAAGUGAGUAAAAAAGAUAUGCUAGGCAUUCACAAUAAAAAUAUUUAGGAUUUGAAUUUCAAAAAUUUGAUGAAAUUCUUUGCUUUCAAUUUUGGGAAUUAAAAAUGUGGGCUCAUCCUUUACAAAAUACAGAAGACAUUGAUAUUAUUUAAUCUUGUGAUGCCUAUUGUCCACUAUGCUAAAAUAAUAAAUCAUUUUGUGAAGAAAGAGGUUGGCAUACCCAUUCUGAUAAAAUAAAAGAUCACAAAUUUCCAUGCAGUUUAAAUCAUCAAUAAGAUAUAUUUCAUGGAAUUGAUGUUGCUUUUGUAAUUGAUACAACUGAAUCUAUGUCUAAAUACAUUAAAUCUUGCAUUGAAAUCAUCAAAAAAACUAUGUAAAAUUUUUAAAAGUUUAAAAAGCAUCUUAAUUAAUGUCAAUUUGCAAUUGUUUCAUAUAAAGAUCAUACAUUUCCCUAUGAUGUAAAUUAAUAAAUAAUUUAAGUUUAAAAUUUUGCAUCUGAAGAUGUAAUUAAUUAAUUUUUGGAAUCAUUGUAAGCUUAAGGUGGAGAUGAUUAUCCAGAAGCAUUAUUAGAUGGAUUAAAUGCAUCAAUUAAAUUAAAUUGGAAUGAAAAAAACAUCAAAAUUAUAUAUUUGAUUGCUGAUGCUCCUCCUCAUGGCAAUAAUGAUAAUAAGAAGUAAACAAAGUAUCACAGUUUCAAAGAUAGUUUUCCUGAUGGAUGUCCAUGUGGAUUAAAAUAAAAAGAAAUUUUGGAACAAUUCUAGUAAUUAAAUAUAUAACUAAAAAUUGUAAAAUUAAACUCAACUCUUGAGAUGAUGAUAUCUAAUUUUAAAGAAGAAUAUUAAAAUUUAAUCGAACUAACUCCUCAAAAUAUGGAGUAAAUUGAAUUUUAAAAUAUUCUAGUUAUGGAUAUUUGUAAAUAUCUGGAACAUAACGAAAUUACAUAUCAAUUUAAAUAAUGAGUUUACCAGUUAAAAAUAUUGAAUUUAAAAUAUAUAAUUAAUAUUGA